AUGGACCAGGACAGGGUGAACAGUAUACACCAGGACAGGCCGAACAGUAUAGACCAGGACAGGGUGAACAGUAUGGAGCAGGACAGGCUGAACAAUAAGGACCAGGACAGGGUGAACAAUAUAGACCAGGACAGAGUGAACAGUAUGAACCAGGACAGGUUGAACAGUUUGGACCACGACAGGGUGAACAUUCGGGACCAAGACAGGGUGAACAGUAUGGACCAGGACUGGGUGAACAGUAUGGAUCAGGAGAAGGUGGACAGUAUACACCAGGACAGCUUGAACAGUAUGGAUCAGGACAUGGUGAACAGUAUGGACAAGAACAGGGUGAACAGUAUGGACCAGGACAGGGUGAACGGUAUGGACCAGGACAGGGUCAACAGUAUGGACCAGGAUAGGGUGAAUGGUAUGGACCAGCACAGGGUGAACAGUAUACACCAGGACAGCGUGAGCAGUAUGUACCAGGACAGUGUGGACACUAUACACCAGGACAGGGUGAACAUUAUUGACCAGGACAGGGUGAACAGUAUGGACCAGGACAGGGUGAACAGUAUAGACCAGGAAUGUGAGAACAGUAUGGACCAGGACAAGGGGAACAUUAUGGACCAGGACAGGGGUGAACAGAACACACCAGGACAGGGUGAACAGUAUGGACCAGUACAGGGUGAACAGUAUGGACCAGGACAGGGUGAAAAGUGUGGACCAGGACAGGGUGAACAGUAUGGACCAGGACACGGUGAACAGUAUGGACCAGGACUGGGUGAACAGUAUGAACCAGGACAGGGUGUACAGUAUGUAAGAGGACAGUGUGAACAGUAUGGACCAGGACAGGAUGAACAGUAUGGACCAGGACACGGUGAACAGUAUACACCAGGACAGGGUGAACAGUAUGGACCAGGACAGGGUGAACAGUGUCGACCAGGACAGAGUGAACAGUAUGGACCAGGACAGGGUGAACAGUAUGGACCAGGACUGGGUGUACCGUAUGGACCAGGGCAGUGUGUACAGAAUGUAAGAGGACAGUGUGAACUGUAUGGACCAGGACAGGGUGAACAGUAUGGACCAGGACAGGGUGAACAGUAUGGACGAAGACAGGGUGAACAGUAUACACCAAAACAGGGCGAACAGUAUGGACCAGGACACGGUGAACAGUAUGGACCCGGACAGGGUGAACGGUAUGGACAAGGACAGGGUGAAAAGUAUGGACGAAGACAGGUGCAGGGUGAACAGUAUGGACAAGGACAGGGUGAUCAGUAUGGACCACGACAGGGUGAAAAGUACGGACCACGACAGGUUGAACAGUAUACACCAGUACAGGGUGAACAGUAUGGACUAGGAGUGGGUGUACAGUAUGGACCAGGACAGGGUGAACAGUAUGGACCAGGACAGGGUGAACAGUAUGUGCGAGGACAGGGUGAACAGUAUGGACCAGGACAGGUUGAACAGUAUGGACUAGGACAGGGUGAACAGUAUACACCAGGACAGCGUGAGCAGUAUGUACCAGAACAGUGUGAACAGUAUACACCAGGACAGUGUGAACAGUAUGGACCAGGACAGACUGAACAGUUUACACCAGGAAAGGGUGAACAGAUUGGACCAGGACAGGGUGAACAGUAUGGAUCAGGACAAGGUGAACAGCAUGGACCAGGACAGGGUGAACAGUAA